UUUAAAACAGAAACAAACACGUACCGCUAGAAUAACUUCGCGACCAGUUGAAUCAGUCACACCUCUGAGCAUCGAGUUUUAAAGAACCAAAAUAUGAAGCUCUAUCUAUCCGUUUUUCUAUUUAUCUCGUGCCAAUGUGUUGUAGAAGUUCUAAGUGGAGAAACCUUGCAAAAGCGGCGACUGUUGAGCAAAAAAGUAGUGAGAAAAGUAUCGGUAAAAAGUAUACGAUCUUGCAUUGACGAAUGCCACCAAGAGCCUCGGUGCAAUAGCCUAAACUUCAAGCUUGUUGGUGACGUGAAUUGUGAGAUGAACGAAGAGGAUUCCUCGACAGUUGCACUGGUCCCUGAUGAUUAUAACAUUUACUACACCAACGACAAACAAAAAACGAAGCCAUCCACACCCCCUCCCCCUGAGGUUAUCUACAGAUCAUGCGCAGAACUGAAAGCCGCCCGCCCAUCGACACAGAGCGGAAAUUACGCCAUGCGCGUCAGAGGGUUUAAGAGAACCAUCUACUGUGACAUGGAAACAUCAGGAGGAGGAUGGUCACUCGUCGUGUCAAUCAGCGCCUCGAGCAGGAACCAUAUUCUCCGUCAUGCGCACAACUGCUUCAACAGCUCCUUGUGCGUGCCAAAGGAGUCGGGAACUCUCCCUGUUCGCAAGCAUUCGGAUGAAGACAUUCGCGCCCUGGCUUUUUACGAAGGAACAUUUCGAUUGCAGGUCGCAGGUCGUCGAAUCAAUUAUUUCCGGAUAGUCGAAGGACCAGAUGCAUUUGAUGCCGGAUGCAAUGGUGGAGAAAGGUACAUACGCAUAAAUACUUUUGCCAUCUUUCUUUUAACUCUGACUAUUCUAUGCUCUAGUUGCCCUAGGAUUAUCGUUUCGUUCUCCUACCCUUAUGUGUGGGAGUCCAACUGUUUCGGUGUGGAAGCUGGGUAUUCGAUCAGUCGUGGCGGCUGUCACUAUGUAUUUGACACUCACGAUGCAAAUGAAUGCAAUGGUGUGGAAUGGCGAGCAACUCAUCAUUCUACUGAUCGAAUACUAUACAGCUACUGCUACUAUAAUGGAAUCUACCCCGGCAUCCAGGGAUAUAUGUACGUGCGAUAGCCGAGCAUCUCACUAAGGCUAAGGGAUGCUAGUAAAAUGGAUUAGAACGCGCACGCUUGUCGUACCGUAGAUUAAUUUUGAUAAUAAUUUAAUUUAUUUCAAAAUAAGGUCGGAAAAUCCAUGUAUCAUUACCCGUAUCAUUACUUCAUCAGUGAUAAAUAAAUUAGUCAACAAUCUUAAAUAGAAACAUAUCCACGCUUCAAAAGCUUGCAUGAUUUUCAGAUACCAGAAUUAAUUAAGCCACGUUACCCACGAAGCACUGCGGGCUACGAUGCAUUGAUUUCAAAGAGAAAAGUCUUGCUUAAAAAGGUGCAUUAGUUUUGUGCUUGUUGUACUUUUAGUCCUUUGUAUCUUCGUAGAGUAAAUCGUUAUCACAGUCAUUUAUAACCAAGAUUGGGAUAACUAACUGUUUCGAGAGUUUAUUUUGGUAAAUAAAGCAUAAAACACU